AUGGAAACUCUUCCCGAGAUAUCUGAUAAUACUCUUUUUAUGAACUAUCGCUAUGUCGAGAAUGUCAACUCAAAUCUCAUUUGCUGCAUUUGUCAAACACCCUUUUUCGAUCCAGCUAUAAUAGAAAAUUGCGGUCACACUUUUUGUCGGUCUUGUAUAACACAAGCUAUAAAGGCUAAACCAAACUGCCCGGUUGACCGUUCUCGCAUUUCAGAAAAUGCUGUUCUUAAACCCGCUGCAAAAAUAAUUGCAAACAUGGUAAACGAAUUAUUAAUAUACUGCCCAAACAACGAAGAUGGGUGUUCGCACAUCGGUCAGAGACAAUUAAUAAAUAGUCAUCUCCGAGAGCAGUGCGAGUAUAUAAAGCUUGAAUGUAACAUUGGCGAGUGUCGUGAACUAGUGUUGAAAAAGGACAUGGCAUCACACAUAACAAAUUGCCAGGCUCGAAUGAUUUAUUGUGACGUGUGCAAGAAAAAGAUGCUAUUUGCUACUUUUGAGGGGCACGCUGAUAAAUGUCCAAUCCGAAGUGUAGAGUGCCAGUACUGUCAUACAUCUCGUCCUUUCUUAGAGAAUGAUGCUCAUCUUGACGAAUGUCCAGAGAAACCAACUCAAUGCCCACAAUCGCAAUUUGGGUGUUCAUGGACCGGUCGUAAUGCCGAUUUAUUAGUGGUACAUAAUCCCUCAUGUCCAUAUGAGUCUCUUAAAGACUGCUUUGAAAUGCAUAAAAGACGUACAGAAAGUCUCGAAGCUGAGAAUAUUCAACUUCGAACUAAAAUUCAAGAACUCGAUUCAACUGUAGGUUCAUUACGUGAUCAAAUUGCCACGAUAUCUAAUUGGCUAGCUGUAAUGUUUCCUUCGCAUUUUACCGAUCCCAGAGUGCCUACCACCAGUAUUAUUGACAAUGAGUCUUCGCAAGGACUUUUUUUUUCAGAGAAUGAGCAAAUAAAAAAUGAUCUCGCCACCAUAACUGAUAAUCUAGCUGAGUUGGAGCUGCGACAAAAUGUAGCUCUCAUGACUGAAAAUUUAAGGAUGCAAGAGGAGAUGCAAAGUUUGAAAGCUUUGUGUCAUGGAAUAAGAAUGCAAAUGCAUUAUCUUUUAAUGGAACGACAAGGUGGUGAACCUGCAAGGGGAACAGCAUCAUCUUCAUCAUCUGUUGGCAGAUCGGGACCUUCAGUCAGAUCCGUUAGAACGCGACCUCUUAGUACUUCUAAUGUGGGCGAUUCUAUUAGAUUUAAUGUGCUAAAUAAUGAAGGAUCAGGCACUCGAAAGGUUAACUCUGUAUUGUCCGGUAAUUAUCUACUUUAA